AUGGUGAUCAUCAAAGAGUGUUCCCCUACAUACAAAUACCAUGUCUUUUUGAGUUUUAGAGGUGAGGAUACACGCAACAAUUUCACAGGUCACUUGUACAGCGCUUUGCGUGAGAAGGGAAUCUUAACCUUCAUGGAUGAUCAGCUCAGACGAGGAGAAGAAAUAUCACCAGCAUUAAUCCAAGCAAUCGAACAGUCGAAGAUUUCAAUCGUUGUGUUCUCUGGAAACUAUGCCUCCUCCAAGUGGUGUUUGGAUGAACUUGUCAACAUCCUCGACUGCAAGAAAAGAUAUCAACAAAUCGUUCUGCCAGUUUUCUUCAAAGUCGAUCCCUCGGAAAUGCGAAAUCACAGAGGUAGCUUUGGGGAGGGACUUGCCAAUUUGGAACGUAAAUUCAAAGAUAAGGACCAGGUCCAGGAAUGGAAGGCUGCUCUCUUCGAAGCAGCUAGUUUGUCAGGGUGGCCUCUCGAUGAGCAUCGCUCUGAAUCCAGUAUUAUUGGGGAAAUCGUUGAACAUAUAUCAAAGGAACACGUCAACAGUACAGAAUUGGAUGUGGCCGAGUACCAAGUAGGAAUACAACAUCGUGUGCAAGCGAUACAAAAGCUUUUAGGUGUCGAGGGAAAAGAUGUUCAUAUGGUAGGGAUAUGGGGGGGUGGUGGAAUUGGUAAGACAACAAUCGCCAAAGCUGUCUACAACUCAAUUGCUCAAAAAUUUGAUGGGAGUUGUUUUUUAGAAAAUGUUAGAGAAAACUCAAAGGGAGCCAGAGGCUUGGUCGAACUACAAAAGAUACUUCUUCGUGAGAUUCUAAAGGAAAGAAAGUUGAAGGUGACAAGUGUAGCUAGUGGAAUCAGUAUGAUCAAGGAAAGAUUGCAAUACAAAAGUGUUCUCUUAGUUCUUGAUGAUGUGAGUGACAUGAAUCAGUUAAACAACUUAGCCCGUCAAUGUAGUUGGUUCGGAAUGGGUAGUAGAAUCAUCAUAACAACAAGGGAUAAGAAAUUGCUGAGAUGUCAUGGUGUUCAUCCUGAUCAAAUAUACGAGGUCCAGGAAUUGGAUAAUCAUGAAGCUCUUGAGCUUUUAAGUGUGAAAGCCUUCAAAAGAAUUCGGCCUUUGGAUGGUUAUGCAGAACUCACAAAACGUGCAGUGCGAUACACUCAAGGCCUUCCACUGGCUUUGACUGUUUUAGGUACUUCUCUACGCGGUGGAAAUGUAGAGCUUUGGGAAGCUGCAUUAGAUGGUUCCGAAAGCCGUGAAAUUAAAGAUGUUCUGAAGAUAAGUUUUGAUGGAUUGGAUCACAGAGUGAAGGAAGCUUUUCUUGACAUUGCAUGUUUCUUUAAAGGUGAAUAUAGAGAACACGUGAUAAAGAUUAUUAAAGCAUGUGGCAGCGAAGAACAUCUUAUUAACGUGCUCAUACAAAAGGCCCUCAUUAGCAUUGAUAAGAAUGAUCGCAUUUGGAUGCAUGACUUGAUAGAAGAAAUGGGUAGAGAUAUAGUUCACGAACAAUCACCCGAUGACCCUGGAAAUCGUAGCAGGUUGUGGUUUCAUGAAGAUGUUUACCGUGUUCUAGUAGAUAAUAUUGGAACAAACAGCGUUAGAGGCAUCAAGGUGGAGCUACCCCAGGAUUCAGAUGUGAUAUGUUUAUGUGCUACUUCUUUCUCCAGCAUGAAAAAUCUUAAACUUAUCAUAUGCCGAGCGGGACGCUAUUCUGGAGUUGUUGAUGGUCUGCCAAAUAGCUCAAGGGUAAUUGAUUGGCCUGACUGUCCCCUACAAGUUUUGUCAUCCCAUACCAUUCCAAGAGAGCUUUCUGUAAUCCAUAUGCCUUGGAGUCGCAUCACAGUAUUGGGAGAUGGAUACAAGGUAUGUUCUUUUGGAUGCACAUACAUGUUUAUCGAUCUCUAGCUUUAUUAUUUGUUUAUCAAGCUUUCAUCUCUGUCUCGCAGCGUUUGAUAAAUCUGACAUCAAUAAAUCUAAGCUUUUGUGAAUACUUAACAAAAGUGUCAGACUUAUCAGGAAUCCCAAACUUACAAAGUUUGAAUCUACUUGCCUGCAUAAAUUUAGUUGAAGUGCAUCCUUCUGUUGGAUUCCUCGAUAGACUUAAUUAUUUGAGUCUUGGGCGCUGCUUUAGGCUUGAGACUUUUCCAGUGAAAGUUAGUUGGAAAUCCAUGAGGGAUCUUCAGCUUUUUGGUUGUGGAAGACUUGAGAAUUUCAUAAACAUUGUGCACGAGAUUGAGUCCAUUAAAACGUUGAACUUAAGUUA